AUGAUGAAGGUCCGGCAAGAGAUGUCACGGCUGUUGAUAGAAUCGAUGGUGAGGACAAUAUCUAAAUCAUUUCCUCUAGAACAAGCAAGGAGAGAAGCGAUGUGGAUUUCCAAAGAACUCCCGCAAUCUCAGUGGAUAAAUGCAUCUAAGAAAAGGUCACAACUUGUUCCACUUCAGUAUAUCCUUGGUACACAACCUUUCGGUAAGCUUGAUUUGAUGUGCAAACCCGGUGUAUUGAUACCAAGAUUGGAUACCGAGGAAUGGGUCUUGGAAUCCGCAAGCUUGCUGCAACAUGUACAAAUUGAUAGAAUAAUUGAUUAUUGCACCGGUUCAGGGUGCAUCGGACUCGGCUAUGCAUCUGAAUUGGUGAAAGUUGGCAGAAUUGAUAUGAUUGAUUACAAAAACGAUGCAAUAAAACUGUCUACUGAUAACUCCAUUAGAAAUGAGGUAGAUUUGAAUAUUCCAGUUUCUAUAAAAGAGGGCAAUUUACUGCAAGGGUUCUUACCGAUGGAUCCAGUAAUCGCAGAUCCUGCUAGAAACAAUAUUCUUGUGAGUAAUCCACCCUAUAUACCAGAAGGGGAUUUACAUGGACCAGAAGUUGAACCAAGUGUUUCCAAAUAUGAGCCUGCAGAUGCUCUACUUGGAGAUCUGGAAUUUUAUGAAGCUCUAUGUGACAAAAUUAUCAAUCCCUUUCCGUCAUUUAAAGGGUUUAUCUUUGAACUUGGGUAUUUCUCGCAAGCUAAAUUGGUUUCCGAGCUUUUGAAUCGGAAUGAAUGGACAAUUGGAAUACGAAAUGAUAGUUCAGGUAACCUGAGAAACGUUAUUGGCUGGCGGAAGCAUUCAGAGUUUAAGGUACUAGAAGGAAUGAUCAAUAAGUGUUUAUAG